UCCUUUCUCAAGCACUAAGUAACAUGUGCCAUACCGGUAUAUAUAUUGAAUGACUCGCCCACGCGCUCUGUUAGUUCAUUGCAACUGUUCUGCACGAUGAAGGUACAAGUGGUUCUCCUGAUCUGCGGGUUGGCAUACGCUUACUGUGAGGCCUGCCAUUCCACAGCCGACUGUACCCUGGCCUGUAGCGAUGGAACACUAGCCUGUUACCACGGCAGCUGUAGCUGUAUCAAAAGCUCAGGAGCAUCCUGUGUGACAGCAGACACGUGUGAAACUUGUGAAUUUGGCCGCGCCCACUGCUGGGGAGGAAUAUGUCAUUGUUUUGGUCACUGAAUAAACUCAUUAACCCGGAA